AUGAUUGUUCUUCGGAAUUCACAGAAUACAACAGAUAAAUCAACAUUAUCAACAAAACCAGACAAUAUCAAUUCAUAUUCUAGCACAACAAUAUCAACGGUCUUUGAUAUUGGUAAUGGUGGAGCAAGUGGUGAUCCACCUUGUUCAUCAUACACAGUUGUCAAUGAUCCAUUGCGCAAUAUAGCUAGAUAUGGAAUGGGUGGUUCAUGUGAUAAUGGUCCUUUAUUCAAUACAAAUAUUGGUGGCAGAUGGAUUCGAUUUAUAGGUACAGGAGGUACUAUAAUACCAUUGACAUCACCAGGAAUGAAUCAUUGUGGUGCUUAUCUAACAGGAUGGUUCAAUGGAACACUACCAUCAACAGUAGGAACAAUAGUUAGUGGGAAUGUAUGUUUUGAUGCACCUAACAUAAUCUGUGAAAUUUCAUCCUCUGUUUCAGUUACUUAUUGUAACAGUUUUUAUGUUUAUUUUCUGCCCCCUUUGAUUUUGUGUAAUUCACGUUAUUGCACAAUAUGA